AACUGUGUUGAAGGGCGCAAAAAAAAAAGCCGUUCUGGUUUUAUUGUCUUCUCUGCAGUAUGAGUUGCUGAGCGAUUACAGGAGACAUGGACCUCCAAUCUGAGCUGCUGAAGUCUAUCUGGUACGCGUUCACAUCACUGGAAGCCGAGCGCAGCGGCAAAGUGUCCAAAUCCCAGCUGAAGGUGUUGUCUCACAAUUUAUACACAGCUCUGAACAUCCCUCAUGACCCUAUAGCCUUAGAGGAGCAUUUCAAGGAUAAUGACAAUGGACCCGUCUCUGAUCAUGGCUACAUGCCUUAUCUCAACAAGUACAUUCUGGCAAAGGCUACUGAGGGUACAUUUAACAAGGAGACGUUUGAUGAGCUGUGCUGGAUGAUGACAUCCAAGAAGAACUUCAAGCCCAGUAUUCCACACGGGCUGUGUUCACAAAGUGACUGCUUCAAGCUCUUCUGCCUGUUUAACCUGCUUUCUGAGGACCGUUAUCCUCUUGUUAUCAUCCAGCCUGAGUUGGAGUACCUGUUGAAGAAGAUCUCUACUGCUAUGAACCAGGAGUGGGAUGGGACGGCACUGGAGGAUCUGCUAUCCAAGGAUCCUUCUUUGCAGGAUGGCCUGACAGUGUGGAUGUUUUUGGAGCACCUCAGCGCAGGGCACCUUCUGAGGGUGGACAGUAAGGAGGCCUUCAGCCUGGCUCUGGAUGACAUCUUCUUAGAGAUGUACCACAAUGUACUGAAGAAGGGUUACAUGCUGAAAAAGGGGCAUGUACGUAGGAAUUGGCAAGAGCGUUGGUUUGUACUUAAGCCAGGCAGCUUGGCCUACUACAUUAUUGAGGACCAGAAAGAAAAAAAGGGAGAAGUCCAGUUGGAUGGGAGCUGUGUGUUAGAGACCAUGCCGGAUAAAGAAGGAAAGCGCUGCUUAUUUUGCGUGAAGACCCCUGGCAGGACAUAUGAGAUGAGUGCUACAGAUCAGAAACAGAGAGUGGAGUGGAUUCAAGCUAUGCAGACAGCACUGCGGCUGAAGACAGAGGGGAAGAGCUCAUUGCAUAAGGAGCUAAAGCUUCGCAGACGAGAGUUACGGGAAAACAGCCAGAACAGUCCACGAACUGAGUGCCCAAGCAGUCAAAGUGGGCUGAGAAUUCUGAGCCAAAGUAGCGAAAAUGGACAGAGAAGCCUGAGCCAGAGUAGCCAAAGUGAACGAAGCACUGAAGUCGAGGAAUCCAGCUCUGGAGCCCAUUGUGAACCAGGGAGCAAGGAACCAGACCUGGAGAUCAUAGACAUUAUCCAGCAACACCUGGAAAUGGAGGUGCAGCGCAAAAAGGAAGAUGCAUUGGAGAAAGAGAAGCAGAAGGAGAGGCAGCAAGAGCUGGAGAGACUGGUGGAGGAAGCAAACAAGGCCAGAGAAGACAUGGUGGCUUUACUAGCUAAAAUGGAAAGGGAGGUGAAGCAACAAAAAGUGAGAAUACAGGAGCUGGAACUCACACAGCAAAAACUGGAGGAGGCACUCAACACACAAAUUCAGGCUCGAUUAGAGGAUGAGAAAGUCCGACAUGAGCUUGAGAGGCUACUGGAGGAAGAAAGGAGGAAACUAAGCGAUAUGAUUCUCAAUCAGAGACAGUUGGAGGCUCGUGAUUUUGCAGAAAUAGACCAGGUGAAAUUACCUCAGCCUAAAAAAGAUGAGGAUUGCAUACACACUUCUUUAUCCCCUGUGAUCCCUCUGUCGUCAAGCAGUCCUUCCACAAGCCCUACAUCCACAAGCUCUCCAUCCUCAAACCAAAUAUUGAGUACAACCCCAGUCUUUUCAGAAACAAUGGAGAUGCAUCAGGCCAAUGUGGAGAAAAUGUCCGAGCAUUUUUCGAAAGCACCACAUAUGAGACAAUGGAACGUCCAGCUUAACCGCCUUAUGAAGCCCAUCACACCAGCAGACAAGAUGGAGCGUCUGUCGGUGAGGUCCCACCAUCCCAAACACGGCCAGGCACUCACCAGCACAGAGUUCAUUGUUAGGUACCAGUCAACCGUCGCUGAAACAGAAUCCAGCAACAGCCAGUUCCGAAAAACUGAAGAGGAUGUGGGAACAGAAGAACCAAUAACUACCUCUCGGGUUGAGGAACCACCUAAAACAAGAGAACAAAUUGAGCAGAAAAAAGACUUUGCAUAGUGACUUUACUGACACAAACUCAACAAACAAACUUUGUGAGAUUUAUUGUUUGUAGCAGGUUACCAUCUUCCAGAAAUGAAUAGCAACUGUAGACUGUGUGUGUAUGUAUUUAACAUGUAGUUGUAUGAGCACUACAAUAUAGUAUUUGCAGCAAUGGUACAGUAGACAUUUACAGUAAACCUAUUGUGUGUGCAUGUGCCUUUGUGGUUUCAGUGUGAAUGGAUACCACAUAACACAUAACGCAGUGGCAUUUAUUUCACACCAAAUGCAUUGUGUACUAUUGAGAACAAAAGCUAACACUUGUUUAUUUACAACCAUCUCACUCAAUCCAGACAAAAGUAAUUUGUAAUCCAAGUUUUCUUGGAGCUAGUAACCAUCAAGUCAAUUAUAUAAAAAUGUGUGCACCGAGUUUGCAUGUUUUCCACCAGUUUUAGGGAUUUUCUUUGGGUACUCUGGUUUAGUUUCCCAGUCCAAAGACAUGCAUUGAGGGCUGAAUGUCUUUUCCAAACUAGCUGUAGUGUGUGAAUGGUUUGUGUGUGUGUGUGUGGUGAUUACACUCUUUGAAAGGUUGGAUACAGGGUGUUCCCUAUCUUGUAAAUUUGUAGCAUUGUGUAGAAUAAACGUUUUCGAAAAUGGAGGGAUGGAUGAACGUGUAGCCAGCAAUACAAUUGUAGAUACAUAAUAGUGAAAAGUAAUAAUAAAUUAUGACCACUGGUUUGAUCAACCAGGCUUUACUUAUGUCUUCCUUUUGUUAUAUUCAGCAUAUUAUAUAAUCUGGUGCAUAUUGUAAACCAAAUAUUUCUUGUUUAAUUGUUUGUUUAUUAUCUCCAUUAGCAAGUUAGACCACAAGUUAAACAGAACAAUUUGAUAAUGAGGACUUAAUAAAUUCAGUUCCCCUGUA